AUGGACGACCUCACUGACCAAACCUUCGCCCUCUCCCCAGCAAGCGCAAUCCCCCCAGCCCUCCCCCCAACGGUAGAGGAGGCCUACCGCAGAAAAUGCAACAAGCUCCGCCAGCGCACCAACGAAGUCGAAAAGGCCAACGACGCCUCUAGAGUCCGCAUCAACCGCCUGAAGCGCCAGAUCGAGAAGCUCCGCCUCGAGCGCGUCUUUCUGUUCGAGCAACUCGCCAAGCGGACGAGCACAAACGUGGAGGACUCUGACGGCAGCCCGAGCCCACCACCGACUGUAAGUUCAUCACCAUCAUCUUUAUCGCCAAGAAGACUACUGUUGAACGCCGCCGCUCUUUCCAACAACCCGUCACAAAAUGAGAGAGAUGAUCGACUGACUCCUUCGCGUUUGGAUAAACAGCCCAAGGAGAAGCCGCUGAGACUGAAGCGAGGCCAUAGAAAGGCGAGCAUUUUGCCUGUUGAUGGGAGUGGGAGCCAGGCGGGGGGUAGUCAGGCUGGUGGGAAUGGGGUUGGGCCGUCGUCUUUGACGGCGAGCCAGUUUAUUAGCCAGAAUCCUGAGGGUGCGAGUCACUCGCCGAGUGGGAGUGAUGCUUUUUCAUUGGCGAAUAGGGGGGGGUCGAACGGGGUGCAUCAUCAGGAGCCGCCUAAGAAGCCGGGGAAUGCGUUUGAGCUUUAUUGCAAUGAGAGGAACACGGCUGCUUCUGCUGAUGUUGCUACUGACGAUAAGGCCGAACAGGAGGAGUCAAGGCGGGAGGUGGACGAUGACGAGCUUGCUCGGGGGUGGAAAGAUCUGAGCGAGACGCAACGUGGGGAGUUUGAGACGAGGGCGGGGGAGAAUAUGGCUCAGUAUGAGAAGGAGAGGGGGGAGUAUGAUGAUGCUGCUGCUGCUGCUGAGGCGAAGAGGCAGAAGGAGAGCGAGGAGGCGGAGGAGAAGGGGAAAGAGAAUGGUACGGAAAAUGCUACGGAGGAGGAGCAAAAGGAUGACCAAGGGGAUGUGGAGAUGGGGGAGUACGAUACUGAUCAGGAGACGCAGCCUAAUCCGGAGGAUGAUUAG